UUGCCAYCCACAGAAAGCCAGGCUCYUUCAGGYUCUAUSGGAGGGUCCCAGACAGGGACUGGCUACAGGAAACCCAUUGAUUACUUCUCCAAGUAUUUUGGUUGGGACGCUUGGGCAGAGAUUGCCSGGUGCACAAAUAAAGUGUCCCAUCUWUCGAACKCAGUGACAGCAAAAGAGGUGGCKCAGUUUGURGGAAUCCACAUUGCCAUGGGAACAUUGAAGUUCCCCAGUCUCAAGCUGUACUGGCAGGACUUCACCAGGGUGCCUCUGGUUGCUGACACCAUGUCUGCCUCCCGCUUUUCCCAACUCUCCUGCAAACUGCAACUGGCAUCUCCAGUGCCAGCAGAGGAUCCCAUGGACACCCAGGAAGCUGGACACAGUGGUAAUCCAGACAGGCCUAAGGAGGGAGACCCUACACGCAACUCACUCAGAGCUUUACACACCCCAGCUAACCCUACAGUUGGCACAACUAGAGGUGAACUGGAUGGCAGCGGCCACAGUCAAAUACAAGCUCUUAGCUCCAAGUCUGUGUCUGCCGAAUCCACAACCCAGACAUCCACAGUCCCUCACAGCAUUUGGCAGAGGUGUGGGGACAUACCAUCCAGCCAGGACUGUUUUAGUUUUAAAACUGACCCCCUUUGGAGGGUUAGACCGUUAAUGGACCACGUUCGGGCCGGAUACCUGAUGCUGAGAAGAGAGGGUGACCAUGGAGUCGAUCAAUACCCUCUCCCUUUGACGUGUAGAGCGGUCAACAACAAGCGGCCCUCCUUGCACAGCACUGUCUUAGUUAGAUCUGACGGUCUGAUCAUAGAUUUCAACCUUAGUCUGGAUCUCUCCAACAAAGAGGCCACAGUUGAGAAAAUGGUGCCCAGAGAUGGGAUGGUGUAUCUCUGCAAGCAGGAGCUCUCUACCCCUGCCAUGUUGGAGCACCUCCUUGGGUCUGGGGUGCACGGUGCGGGCAAGGUGGGAGGAGCCAAAGGACAGAUGGGUGAUGAGUUUGUUAGCUCUGACGGGCGGCUGAUGCUACACAGGUACCAUCUCGGCUUCAUCCUCUCUACUGUAGGGAAGGCCCAGCAGAACAUGGCAUCUCUCAUCGACAGCUUCGAGAAGGCCCAAAAGGCAGCCAGCCUCAAUAGAGACUUACUGAAUCUCUACCAUUCCCCACUCUCAGCCUCAGCACCAUCUAGCUGGCCACAGGCCGUUCUGUGGUACCUUACAGAUCUGGCUCUGGUAAACUCAUGGAUGCAGUACAGGCAGGAUCAUGUUCCUCUGCCUGAGCCUCUGAACCUCAUGGCAUUCAGGCUAGAGGUCUCCAAGGCCUUGAUCCUCUCCAGUGGCUCAGACACCCAGGAUGCAGCCCCUCCGCACCCCCCUCCUCAGAAAUUACACUCCCCGGGCACAGCCCCAGAUCCUGGCCUGUUACAGGAUAGUCCUCUCCCUGACGUGGCCACGCGGUACGAUGGUUUGGGCCACUGGCCGGAGCAGCUUGGGGAGGGAGAAGGUGGCAGGUGCCGCUUCGGAGGCUGUGAGCGAAUGUCUCGAGUACGAUGCCUCAAGUGUUGCGUGUUUCUCUGCAUCUCUCGUAAUCACAACUGCUUCUUGAAUUUCCACAGUCAAGGGAGUUUUUGAAGCUGAUAAGAUUUCUGUUUUUCUUUUUUAAGUGGUGCAUGUUUUAUUCAAUGCUAUGUUUAGCUUUUUUUAAAUGUUUUUUUUUAAUUUUAGUUUAGAAGCUCUGAUUUCAUACUUCUCCCCCUACACCAUAGUUCUUUGAGUACUUCUCUCUUUUCAGUGUCAGCUUCAGUCCUGUGCAGCAAAUUAGGAACUUGGUCCCUUUUUAGCCUACUGUGUAAAUGUAAUAUUGAUGUAUGCAAUGGCUUUUGUUGUAUGAAUUUAGCUACAAAAGAAAAUGUGAAUAGAGAAUUAAUGAUAACCAUAAAGUCAAUGUCUCUGAAACCAAGUGAAAAUACAUUUGAAGAUGUUUUUGAAAUUCUAAUUUAAAAAUAGUGCUGCUUUUUUUUCUUGAACUUUGUUUUGUUGUUUACAUGCCAAUAAGCUUUUGCAUGUGUUUUUGGCGUUCUUUGUAAAUUGAAUAAUUGAGUUAUUUAAUACUGUUGGAGCAAAUACAUUUACGUUUUCUAACA